AUGUCCACCUUGGAAGAUCUCGAUGACCUUGAGCGCGAGAACAAGGAGGAUAAGAAUGGCGAUGGCGACAAAGACAAGAAGUCCAAGAAGUCCGACCAAAAUGGCGAUGCUGAGAUGAAGGAUGCGGAGCCAGAGGACAAAGAAGAGGAUCCUAUAGAUGAGGAAAUCUAUAAUCUGAGCACACAAGAUAUUCUUACACGGAGGAGGUUGUUAGAAAAUGAUUCUCGAAUCAUGAAGAGCGAGUUCCAGCGGUUAUCACACGAGAAAUCUACGAUGGGCGAGAAGAUUAAGGACAAUCUAGACAAGAUCGAGAACAAUCGGCAAUUACCAUACUUAGUUGGAAACGUGGUUGAGCUUCUCGAUCUCGAUCCAACAGCCGAAUCGCAAGAAGAGGGUGCUAAUAUCGACUUGGAUGCUACUCGUGUUGGAAAGUCCGCCGUAAUCAAGACAUCUACUCGACAAACAAUCUUCCUGCCUCUUAUUGGUCUCGUCGACCCCGAACAACUCAAACCCGGAGAUCUGAUCGGUGUAAACAAGGAUUCCUAUUUGGUUCUGGAUACUCUGCCAGCCGAAUAUGAUAGCAGAGUCAAGGCUAUGGAGGUCGACGAGAAGCCGACAGAAAAGUACACAGAUGUCGGUGGGUUGGAUAAGCAGAUUGAGGAACUGGUAGAGGCAAUCGUCUGGCCAAUGAAGGAAGCAGAACGUUUCAAGAAGAUUGGUAUCAAAGCUCCAAAAGGUGCCCUCAUGUAUGGACCUCCAGGUACUGGAAAGACCCUUCUCGCUCGAGCUUGCGCCGCCCAAACCGAUGCGACCUUCCUUAAGCUUGCUGGUCCACAACUUGUACAGAUGUUCAUUGGUGAUGGAGCUAAGCUGGUCCGAGAUUGUUUCGCAUUAGCAAAGGAGAAGGCGCCUUCGAUCAUCUUUAUUGAUGAGUUGGAUGCCGUGGGUACAAAACGUUUCGACAGUGAGAAGAGUGGAGACAGAGAAGUGCAGAGAACUAUGUUGGAAUUGCUCAACCAACUGGAUGGUUUCGCGUCGGAUGACAGAAUCAAGGUUCUUGCCGCCACAAAUCGUGUCGAUGUUCUAGAUCCUGCCUUGCUACGUUCUGGUCGACUCGACAGAAAGAUUGAGUUUCCUCUACCAAAUGAGGAAGCUCGAGCGCAAAUCUUGAAGAUUCACAGCAGAAAGAUGACAGUGGAUGAUGCAGUCAACUGGCCUGAAUUGGCUCGCAGUACUGAUGAGUUCGGAGGAGCUAUGCUGAAAGCUGUGUGUGUUGAGGCGGGUAUGAUUGCGCUUAGGACUGGUAAAAAUAAGAUCGGACACGAGCAUUAUGUUGAUGCGAUUACCGAAGUGCAAAGCAAGAAAAAGGAGAGCUUAUCCCAUUACAGUUAG